GAAGAAUCUCACUUAUCAAGCGACAACAAAGCCUUCAAGGUUCAUGUUUGCUAUGGCCAACAUCCCCUACGAUGAUCAACAGACCAUAUACGGGCUGGUGCAGUGCACCAAGGACACAGGCCUCGCUGAUUGCAGUCAGUGUUUGAAUAGCACCAUCUCCAAAAUCCCACCGACUUGCGAAAAUGGACAUGGCUGUGAAAUUGCCACGGGAAGUUGCAGUGUGAGGUACGACACGGAGCUCUUUUUUGCUACCACAACGACUCCAACCUCAUCUACUCCAAAGAAGCCUAAUAAAUCAAGCCCAUCUUCUAAUUCACUAUCUCCAAGCCCAAGCCCAUCUUCUAAUUCACUACCUCCAAGCAUGAGCCCAUCUCCUCCACCACCUCCAUCGGAUUCAAGCCCUCCAUCAAGCAGUGCAUCUAACACUACAUCAGAAUUGUGUUGCCUUUGGAGAAAGAAGUUGAAGCCUGGCGGAUUGCAGAGCAAGGAGGAAGAAGACAAUGGUUUAGAACAACAAGUUCGUUUCAGCUUUGAGGAGAGCAGAUGCGAUAGAUGGUGCAAUACUCGAUUUGGCAAUCAUCAGAGCUGCCACCAAUGAUUUUGCACCGAAAAAUAAGCUUGGAGAGGGAGGAUUGGGUGCUGUUUACAGGCCAACUACCGGAUGGUAAAGAAAUAGCUGUAAAGAAGCUGUCGCGCAAUACAAGGCAUGGUCCGAAGCAAUCCGACAAUGAGGUGCAGACACUCACUAAACUUCAACACAGAAAUCUUGUCCGACUUUUAGGAUGCUUUAUGGAAGGUGAAGAGAAAAUACUCAUCUAUGAAUAUGUGUCCAACGGUAGUCUGGACAAUUUUCUCUUUGAGCCAACGAAGCGCGUGCAAUUGGAUUGGCCAGUACGUUUCAAACUCAUAAAUGGAAUAGCCAGAGGGCUUUUAUAUCUUCAUGAAGAUUCAAGACUGAGAAUUGUUCACAGGGAUCUGAAAGCAAGUAAUGUCUUAUUAGAUGAAGACAUGAACCCCAAGAUAUCAGACUUCGGCACUGCAAAGAUCUUCAACACAAACCAAACACAAGCCGAAACAUUUGAGAUUACGGGGACUCGUGGAUAUAUUGCACCAGAAUACUUUUUUGAAGAUAAGGUAUCUGUAAAGCUAGAUGUCUUCAGCUAUGGUGUUUUGCUACUGGAGAUCAUAAGUGGAAAAAGCAACAGCUUCUUACAGAGUUAG